AGAGACAUCUCCAUCCGACCCAUCUUGGAGCACUGCGAAAACACCCACAUGACCAUUUGGCUUGGGAUUGUCUACGCCUACAAAGGGCUGCUGAUGUUAUUUGGGUGUUUCCUCGCCUGGGAGACACGAAAUGUCAGCAUUCCUGCUUUGAAUGACAGCAAGUACAUCGGAAUGAGUGUAUACAACGUGGGCAUAAUGUGCAUUAUUGGUGCUGCUGUUUCAUUCCUUACUCGGGACCAACCCAAUGUGCAGUUCUGCAUAGUUGCUUUAGUUAUAAUAUUCUGCAGCACCAUUACUCUCUGCCUUGUGUUUGUACCUAAGCUCAUCACACUGCGAACAAACCCAGAUGCAGCCACACAGAACAGACGGUUUCAGUUCACUCAAAAUCAAAAGAAAGAAGAUUCAAAAACAUCAACAUCAGUCACCAGCGUCAAUCAGGCCAGCACAUCUCGACUAGAAGGAUUGCAGUCAGAGAACCACCGCUUGAGAAUGAAAAUUACAGAGCUGGACAAAGACUUGGAAGAGGUCACAAUGCAACUUCAGGAYACUCCUGAGAAAACAACAUACAUUAAGCAGAACCACUAUCARGACCUUAAUGACAUUCUUAGUAUACGGAACUUCACAGACAGCAAAGAUGGUGAGAAAGCCAUUUUGAAAAAUCAUCUUGAUCAAAAUCCACCAGCACAGUGGGGCUCAUCAGACCCUUCCAGAACAAGCAAAGAUCCCAUAGAAGACAUCAACUCUCCAGAACACAUACAGCGCCGGCUGUCCUUGCAGCUGCCCAUCCUUCACCACGCCUACCUGCCGUCCAUAGGAGGAGUGGAUGCCAGCUGUGCCAGCCCGUGUGUCAGCCCCAGUGCCAGCCCUCGGCACCGACAUGUGCCACCCUCCUUCCGAGUGAUGGUGUCGGGGCUGUAGGAGAGGGAGAUCAGUGCUUCCUGAACUGCUUUUAAUGACUGGACUGAACAUCUGACCUAGAACUCUGCUACAAACGUGAAACGUUGGCUCUUGGCGCAGAGGAGCUACCGCUGAGGCCCUCGUCACAGGAGUGCCCACGUCACUCGUGUGGAAAAGCGAAGGAGGACACAAGGAGUUUGAUCUGUAGCCUUAUUCAUGGAGUUUUUAUUUCUUCACCUAGAAGUCRCUGAAAAAUGUUUCUUCCAGAAUUUCUACUAGCAACAAGGAGGCUGGGAUUUACGGAUCUUGCAAAAAAGACACUAGGAAAAAAAAAACAAACCAACACUCAAAUGUCACUGGGCUUUAUGUGGCUGCUGAGAACAUGCAAUUCUAUACUGUAUCCAUGUGAGGAAAAUGCAGUGGUUGAGCUAUACCAUGUUGAAAUAGAUACACUCAUUUUUACAAGAGUUGUGUUAAAUCGCUGGAAACAUUCUGCACUGGUUAGUCUUGCUUCUUUUCAUUUCAGGGAUGAUGUUUAGUAGGAAAGAAGAAUUGUGAGAAAUGAUUCCUCGGGUGUCAUUGAGACUCUGCAGUGCUGUGGGCAGGGUCACCUUUACCUUGCAGCUGCGUGUGCAGCCCAAGCGGAGCCCGAAGCUCCAGCUCUGAGUUGCCACCRGCUGGAGAGCUGCUGAUUGCACAUGGAGCACUUCACCCUUCUCCAGGGGCAGUGAUAGUGACUGCUCACCAUCUGCAGCUUCAUUUUUAGCAAAGUUUCUGCACCUAUCUCAGAAUAAACACCACCAACCAUAACACACUAAACGGUCUGAAAAAGUCCUAGGGCUAAUAACUCAGGAAACUGAGGACAGAUGGGUAGURAAGUCUUAAUGUCACAGGAUGAAUUGUUUUUCCUAGUUUGUUUGAAUUGUGUCACACAUAAUUACAAUAAAAUUAAUUUAGUGGACUUGGGGGGAGGGAUUAGGGCACAGCACUUYGCUGCUGCGGGCAAAGCCUGCAGGGCAGGUAGAUGUGAAUACACACAAAUGUUUGCUUCGUACCUGUGUACGUGUGACAGUUGUAGCGGAUAAUAGAGAGGACAAAUCAAAUUUACCAAUAGAAUAUUUUUCCUGAAUCUUGAAAGGACUAUGAAAAAAAAAAUUAUGGAUUUUAUACUUUAGCUCCUUUCCCUGAACCAAAGUAAUUAGGAGGAACAAUCGUGGUGUACCGUCUGGACCAACUCUGGAGCCAAACCCUCAGRCACAGGUGAGACACACAUGCAGCUCCUUUUUCCAAGGGAUUGGAAAUGUGUCCUCUCACUGCCGGGGCUGUUUGCUCAAAGUAGGGGGGAAAAAACACACGAAGCACCCACUGAGCUCCCAGUUCUCUUUGAUCAACGUCUGUGCCCCUCAGACUAAACUUUUGGAAUAACAUUCGUACGAGGGUUUACAAAUCAGCAAUGACUGAAGCACAGCUGAAGGGUUCAUUAGCUGAGGGAUUUAACUGCAGCGCUGACAAGCUAGCAUAAAUCUCCAUUAAAAAUAAAACACACCUCAUAGAGGCCAAAACCAACAUGAAUAUGUAUCUGAAUCUUACAAUCAGGAGCAUCACAAAAUAUUUCACUUGGCACAUACAGUAAGAGAGGUUAUGGAAAUAUCUGUAGCUUUUAGAACAAAAAAAAACAUGUAAGUAUAAACACAGGUAAACUAGAACUCAUUACUCUGUUUAAGCACUAAACACUGAUGUCGUCACUCAAUGUGUGUUGACAGUAUUCUCUUGCUUUAUUAAUAUCAUCAGGGCCUGGUUUAUUUUAAAAGGAAUGUUAAUUUUUAAAAAGAGAAAAUUACGAUAUUGUAUAUAAUGUAUACACAAAGAUCUCUGUAGAAAUAUUAUUCCAACUUAGCAGGAAAUAAAAAAUAAUUCAGAAGUAUCGGACCAUUGGAGGUGAGUGUGUGUGUGUGUGUGUGUGUCUGUAACUUUGUGAAUACUGACUGUGUGACGUUUAUUAGGUUUAAACCAUGCAGUACAUUCUUUGUCUCAAUGAUACUGUAGUUUCUCCCAUGACAUUUUUUUUUACUUUACUGCAGAUAACAAGACCAACCAAGUGAAUAUAGCUAUUUAAUGUUUCUGUUCUUUUAUACUGCAGCAAAAAUGUACUGUAAAUUUAUGAAGAGGCUGUGCCCCAAUGGCAUUUUCCAAUGAUGUUAGUGCACAAAUGCUUUAAACUAGACUGGAACUGCCAGAAUAAAAUGUAAAUGAAGAAUUUCUUGUAUAACCUUAUACUGCAUGAGAUCAAUUUUUAAUAAAUUGUUGCAAAUCUGUUUUUAUGAAUAAAAUAUAUAAAACUUAGCUUUUUGGACUCAAUGCUCUCUUCCCCUAUAGCAAAAUAAUUUUUUAUGAGUGUGUGUGUGUGUGUAUAUAUAUAAACAUGGAUAUAUAUAAAAGCCUCCUUGGACAAGAGGAAUCCUAUUACAACACCAUAUUUUAA